CCUCCCCGGCUCGUCGCACAGCCCAGUCUGUUUGUAAACUCCCGGCUCUCUCCUACUCCCUCUGCCCUCCCCCCCACAGCCCCUGCGGGAGGGGUGAGGGGUCUUUCAGACGAAAACAAAACCAAAAAAAUAACUAAACAAAACAAAAAACAAAACAACAAAGGAGACAAAGCAACAAAUCGAAAAGAGGAAAGAACGUAGUCGGCAGCGGCGGCAGCAGCGGCGUCAUCGGCGGCUGUGUUUCUGGAGCUCCUGCUGCUUUUCGUCGCGGUGGAGACGACCGCGGUCUGGCUCGUCGAAGCGGCAGCUUCCCCUUUAAUCGCGACCGAGGCUGUUUGUGUUUGUUAAGAGAGGGUAGUGGAGGAGGUGGAAGAGGAGGAGGAGGAGGAGGAGAGAGGUGUGUACCGCUAUCACUGACCAGCCUGCUUCCAGAGCUGUUCUCUCUCUCUCUCUCUUUCACUGUCUCUCUCUCACUGUUUCACCCUCUCUCUCACUGUCUCUCUCACUCAUUCGCGUUUCCUCCUCCACGCUCUCUCCAUACUUCCCCUUGCUCGGGGACAGUCGGCCGCAGCGCCGCGCGUCUCGGACCUCGUAUCUCCUCUUUGGCAUCAUCUCUGAAAGGACAAGGCUGCCUUUUGUUUUGUUUUUUCUUCCCUCCUUUUUCCCUUUUCUUUUUUUUAUUUAAAAGAACGAGCCCACCUUCACAAGCGCCUGGCUGAAAAACCGGGGAAGAGAGAGAGAAAGAGAGCAAGGUCGGGAGAGGCUUAGCGAUGACGAGCGCUCCGGGGAAAGCCGGGAGCGGGUGAAGCAGCGGCACUCGCCUGCUUUCGGACGCCGAGCGCCUGAUGAGAUUCCGCCGUCAUCCCCGCCUCGACGCGGUUCUGUCGGAUUUUCCUGGCGGGAUUUCCGCCGUUCCUCGCCGGGCCACAAGCCUCUGAACGGCACUAACGGGGAGGACCUGAAGAAGGGAAUACUGAUCUCCGAAUCUCCGCUGUAGGAAUUCUUUCAUCUUCCGCCCCGGUUCCGAUACAAAGGCUCACCUCCGUCCCCGUCUGCUUUCGUUUGCCCCACGUCCACGCCAGUGGGGUCGGAUGGAAGUUUAACUGGCCUCUUGGUACUUUUUUCGCCAGUUUCCAUCCGUUACUCUUGUUUCAAGACCGUUGGAGAGAACUUCAGAUUAGCUAGCCGCUGUUUAGUUUACUCCCUUGCCCACCCCACCCCCCCUCAAAUGAUCCUUUUAUCAGCAUAGGUAAACAAAUACCAGCCGGUGGUCUGGAGUUUUUAUUGACUUUCCAAAGAGUGUGCAGUGCUGUUUUUUUUAUUUAUUUUUACAUUUUUUCCAUUCUGUGUGCUUGUUUUCUUAGAUAUCUAGGAGGGUUUUUUUUUUUCCUUUAAAGCUGCGGUUGUUUAUUGUCUGGUCGAGGGUCGCACGUGUUUUUCUUCGCUCGUGUCCUGGCACUCCAUCGGACUGGCAUGCUUUUGAGGCCCACCGUGCCGGGGCUUUGCGCGAUGUUGCAGACGAUUUACGAGACGGAAUCCUGCUUCUCCUCGGACGCCGCGUCCAGCCGGGAGCAGCCCCUUGAGCUGCUGUCCAGGACCCGGGCUCCUGCUACCCCCAGCAGCGUGGAGGUGAAGACGUCUCUCCCGGUGGGGAUGCAGAGCCCGGGCUGUGGGGGGGAGCAGGGCGGGGGCGGUGGCGGGGGCGGGCCGGUGGACCUGCGGACGGACCCGCGGCUGGUGGACCCGGCAGUGCGGGAGCAGCAGCUGCAGCAGGAGCUGCUGCAGCUCAAGCAGCAGCAGGAGCUGCAGAAGCAGCUGCUCUUCGCCGAGUUCCAGAAGCAGCACGAGGUCCUCACCCGCCAGCACGAGGUGCAGCUGCAGGAGCACCUGAAGCAGCAGCAGGAGAUCCUGGCGGCCAAGCGGCAGCAGGAGCAGGAGCAGAAGAGGAAGCUGGAGCAGCAGAGGCACGAGGAGCUGGAGAAGCAGCGGCUGGAGCAGCAGCUCAUCAUGCUGAGGAACAAGGAGAAGGGCAAAGAGAGUGCGAUCGCCAGCACAGAGGUGAAACUGAAGCUCCAGGAGUUUCUCCGCAGUAAAAAAGAGCCGUGCUCCGGAGGACUGAACCAUUCCUUCGCUCAGCAGUGCUGGGGCGCUCACCACACCUCUCUGGACCAGAGCUCCCCCCCACAGAGCAACACUCCUGGGACACCCCCCUCUUACAAACUGCCCCCCCUGCUGGGCUCUUACGACAGCAAGGACGACUUCCCCCUGCGAAAAACAGCCUCGGAGCCCAACCUGAAGGUACGCUCGCGGUUAAAGCAGAAGGUGGCGGAGAGGCGCAGCAGCCCGCUCCUCCGGCGGAAGGACGGCACCGUCAUCAGCACCUUCAAGAAGAGGGCCAUCGAGAUCACAGUGUCGUCCAUGUGCAGCAGCGCCCCCGGCUCCGGACCCAGCUCCCCCAACAGCUCCAACACCGCCAUCGCCGAGAACGGAGGCGGUGGCUCCGUGCCCAACAUCCCCGCGGAGCAACUGCGCUCACAUCACCAGAUGAUGAACACUGACGGGACGGCCAGCCAGCUGAGCCUCUACACCUCCCCCUCGCUUCCCAACAUCUCGCUGGGCCUUCCUGCCAACGCACACAUCACCGCUCCACAGAAGCUGUCGGCGCAGCAGGAGGCUGAGCGUCAGGCCAUCCAGACGAUGCGACAGGGUGGGGCGCUGACGGGGAAGUUUGUGAGCACCUCCUCCCUGCCGGCCUGCCUCCCCCCUGGGGUGGCCCUGGACGCCGAGGCCCCCAGCACCAACAGCCACAGCCCCUCGUCCCUGCUGCAGCACGUGCUGCUGCUGGAGCAGGCUCGCCAACAGAGCGCGCUGCUCGCAGUGCCCAUCUACGGCCAGUCGCCGCUGGUGACGGGCGAGCGGGUCUCCACCAGCAUGCGCACGGUCAACAAGCUGCCUCGCCACCGGCCGCUGAGCCGCACCCAGUCGGCCCCCCUGCCCCAGAGCCCCCAGGCCCUGCAGCAGCUGGUCAUGCAGCAGCAGCACCAGCACUUCCUGGAGAAGCAGAAGCAGUACCAGCAGCACAUCCAGCUCAACAAGAUCCUGUCCAAGGGUAGCGAGCUGCCCCGCCAGCCCCCCACCCACCCCGAGGAGACGGAGGAGGAGCUGACGGAGACGGCGGAGAUGCAGGAGGAGAGGGGGGAGGGGCCGGAGCGGAAAGGGGAGGGGCUUCUCAUCGAGCGGCUGCAGGAGAGCCUGCGGGAGGCCACGCCCCCUCCGGAGCGGCCCGUCGCCCCCAAGGGCGGCAGCACGGAGAGCGAGGUGGAGGAGGAGGAAGAGGAGGACGAGGCCAUCGAGCUGAGAGAGUGUGAUGAAGAGGCCGGUCUGUAUGGCCAGUUCUCAGACCAGCCACACCUGCAGCAGCUAAACGUGUUCCAGGCAUCCCUGUCCAUCACCGGCAUGCCCCACAGACCCCUGGGAAGGGCUCAGUCCUCCCCUGCCACAGCCAGUCUCAAGGGCGCCCCCACUGGUGAACCACCCGUCAAGCACCUCUUCACAACAGGGCUGGUGUACGACACCUUCAUGCUGAAGCACCAGUGCAUGUGCGGCAACACGCACAUCCACCCGGAGCACGCCGGCCGCAUCCAGAGCGUCUGGUCCCGCCUGCAGGAGACCGGGCUGCUGGGCCGCUGUGAGCGCAUUCGGGGCAGGAAGGCCACGCUGGACGAGAUCCAGACGGUCCACUCGGAGCACCACACCCUCCUGUACGGAACCAGCCCACUCAACCGGCAGAAGCUGGACAGCAAGAAGCUCUUAGGUCCGAUCAGCCAGAAGAUGUACGCGCUGCUGCCCUGUGGAGGCAUCGGGGUGGAUAGUGAUACGGUGUGGAACGAGAUGCACUCGUCUGGCGCCGUGCGGAUGGCCGUGGGCUGCGUCAUAGAACUGGCCUUCAAGGUGGCCGCUGGGGAGCUCAAGGUGAGAGUGUGCACCCACCCACCCCCCAGGAAAGACCCUCCCUCUGUCUGGGUUUCCAUUAGAGGUAGUGCUGUCCACUCUCCAGAGAACGGUUUUGCGGUGGUGCGACCUCCGGGCCAUCAUGCAGAGGAGUCCACUGCCAUGGGCUUCUGUUUCUUCAACUCGGUGGCCAUCACAGCCAAGCUGCUGCAGCAGAAACUGAGCGUGGGGAAGGUCCUGAUUGUGGAUUGGGACAUUCACCAUGGUAACGGUUCCCAGCAGGCCUUCUACAACGACCCCAAUGUCCUCUACAUCUCCCUGCAUCGCUACGACGACGGAAACUUCUUCCCUGGCAGCGGGGCGCCGGAAGAGGUGGGGGCGGGUCCAGGAGUGGGUUUCAACGUGAACAUCGCGUGGACGGGGGGCGUGGAGCCACCGAUGGGGGACGUGGAGUAUCUGACGGCCUUCAGGACUGUGGUGAUGCCCAUCGCAAACGAGUUCUCCCCCGACGUCGUGCUGGUGUCGGCCGGGUUCGACGCUGUGGAGGGUCACCAGUCUCCUCUGGGUGGAUAUUCUGUCACCGCCAAGUGUUUUGGUCACCUGACCCAGCAGCUGAUGACGUUAGCGGGCGGUCGCGUGGUCUUGGCGUUAGAGGGAGGUCACGACCUCACCGCCAUCUGUGACGCAUCGGAGUCCUGUGUCUCCGCCCUCCUCGGAGAAGAGCUGGACCCCCUGCCGGAGGCCGUCCUGAAGCAGAGGCCCUGUCCGAAAGCGGUGGCGUCCCUGGAGAGGGUCAUCGAGAUACAAAGUAAGCACUGGAACUGCGUGGAGCCGCUGGCCCCCACCGUGGGGCAGUCCCUGAUGGAGGCGCAGCACCGGGACAAGGAGGAGGCCGAUACCGUCACCGCCAUGGCCUCCCUCACCGUGGACAACGAGCAGGGCGUCGCCACAGAGCCCAGGAGGCCUACUGAGGAGCCAAUGGAGGAGGAGCCUGUGCUGUAGGGAGGCGUGGCCACUGUUUUUCGGUGAACCUUUUGCUUCCGCGCCAUUGGCGAGCCUCCCCACCAAAACCCCCACCCCCCACUGCCUCCCUCACCGAAACCCCGCCUGUUUCUCUCCGCUUGACGGACACGUGCCAGACCCCGCCCACCCCCCUGACCCGAGGGCAGCGAGGGGGGGGGGGGAGACGGGCGGAGGAGACUGAGGAGGCGAGCGGACCCCGGCAGAGGGGCGGACGAGCAGAAAGAAGCGGGACCUUCGUUUGCCGUUUGGUUUUUCGGCAGGGGGUAAAGAGGCCGACGGUGUGAGUCGGCCAAGCAGCGGAAACCGCAGCAGCUGUACUUUUAAAGUGGAAAGGUCUUUCCUUGGACACUGUUGUGUUUGGUUUUUUUGUGUGCUUGAAGUCAAACGACAGCAAGCGAGAGCACUUCAACACCCACACACCGUACCCCUAGAGGGAGGAACUAAAACCUGUUUUAAUUAGUCAAAAUCAAUGACUUUCUCUCCCUCGUGAGUGUCUGAUUUCCUGUUCUGUUCACUUCUGUUUGCUGGUGUAACUGUCUGUCUGUUCAAUAAUCUGGGAAGAAGCACACAAACAUAUAUGUACAGAAUAUAAGUACAUGCAUUGGCUUAUAUAUGUGGUUUUGUGUGUGCUGCAUACACAAAGUUGCACAUGCAGGAGACCCUGGACCAGGAAUAAGAAAGUCCACAUUUACUGUACAGUCCUGUACCAACAGGAAAUGCUAACUUGCAAAAGGGUUUUGUUUCUCAAUAUGCGAACAGUCACAUUUAAAAUAUAUCAAAAACAUAAUGCAAUAAAAACACUUAUUCAUAUUUGUACUUAAGUAGUGACACGAUAAACAAGAGUUUAAUGCGUAUAACUGCAUAAUAAUGGGUGUGAUGUGGGGAGUACAACCCAAAAGUACUGAAGACCCUGAAUUGCAAGUCCAGGACUGGCAUGGGUCUACUGUGUACAUAUAGAUACAUAUACUGUAUAUUUGUUCAGUCUGUCUCACAACUACUGUGGUUGAGUAUGGAAUCAGAUUGAGGUUUAGCUGGGACUACGGUGACUUCACAGAUCUUCAGGAGAGGCCUGUUGCUCAAGUUGCUUUUUUUGUUUAAAGACCCAGCUCCCUCUGUCCUAGUUGUCCGUGGGUCAGUGUUUUCGGGCUUCAUUUUGUGCCCCCCCUCCUCACGCUCGCACUCUUUUACCCAUACCAUCACUACUAUCGUAAAGGCAGCCCCCAGCAGCGCUCAGGAGGAGGAUUUCAAAAUAGCAGAUUGGGUCGAUUUCCCGCAACGAUUUUCUCCCUCGUAGAAAAUGACCGUUUUGAAGAGAGACGGGAGCGGACGUUACGCAAGAAGAACUCGGUGCCUUUUUAUGAAAAAUAAAAAUGAAAAAAAGGAGAAGAGUAGGAAUUUUUUUUGAAAACAAUCAGCGAAUCCACCUGUCACUUUCAUUUUCGUGGAAACAUGCCUUAAUUUCCUCAGAAAUAAUGCACCAUUUUGGCGACUACAAGAGAAUUGUGGUGUUUCUUUCCUCUCCACUGUCCUCCAUCUCUCUUUUUUCCUCUCUUCCUCCUCCUCUGUUUCUGUCACCAGUGGAGGAGUGGUUAGAGAAUGUAAAGCACCAGGUCAGAGGUCAUCUUGGGAGAAUUCACACACCUGAUGGAGAGAUUGUGUAACUGUGAGGAACUUUUGUGACAUGGUGACCAACUCUUUUCAGAUGUAAUAAUUCAUUUGUAAAUAAUUUAUUCACAUUUCUCACUCACAAAUGAUGCUGUCUGACAUUUUUUGGGUGGGAGGGGGCCACCCUUGUUUUUUGUUUUGUGGGGAGCAACAUACUAUUGUUAUAGACAGUAUUAACCCUAUGGUGUAGGCUUUACAUGUUAAAGUAUUAUUUAAGUAUAAGAGAGCAUAUACACAAAUUAAUUUUAUCUUUAAUUGACAGUUGUGUUUGCGUGAGAAGGCAGGAAGUGCUUUUUCAAGAGCUAACAGGAUUUUUAUGUCAUUCUCAACUAAAUUAACUUGGUAGUUCUGUUGAUGAUGUACACUUUUAUACAGAAAAGUUCACUACAACAUUAAACAGAUGAUUUACACUACACCACCCUAUCACAAAGUGGUAGACCACAUCACAGUAAUUUAAUAAUUUCCUUUCAUUGGUUUUUCCAAUCCAUGGGCCAUGAUUACUUUAUUUCUCAGUGUAGUUUUUGUCAUGGCUUCUCAUUUCAGCAUCAUUCAUGUACAAUCCAAAAUACUUAGCUUGACCACAACAACAGAAAUUCUGGUUAUGCUAUUUCCUGUGUUCACUUCAAAAUGUUGAAUUGUAUACCUCUGGGUCCCCUAACAUUUCUUUUUUUAAUGUGUGUAAUGUUCAACUUUGUCUAGAAGAACAAUGAGCUUCUCAAUAUCUUUAAGGAUCUCUUCUUGCUUUUUGUUGAUAUUUUUACUAUUGAAAAUGAUUCGAAAAACUGUGUAGGAGUAUUGGACAUGUCUGCCAUAGAAUUCAAAUUUAAACGUUGUGUACCUAGCCCACCCACCUACCAGUGCUCCUCUGUACUACAGUUUGCAGCUGCACAACUCCCUAAAAAUGCACAUUUAAAUUGUCCAGAUUUUUUAAAUGAAUAUGAGAUUUGUGCCAAAACCAUAACUAUACCCACCCUUUGUUUCUAUGUGUUGAUUUACAAUUUGAGUCUUUGAAUACAGAAAACAUGGUUACUGGUCCCCCAAAAAUGUAUCCAAUGUUCCCUUCACAGGAAGACUCACAGCAUAUGUGCCUGUUGUCAUUAUAAACACCAAGGCCAUUUGAAUAAAACCCAAAAGAAGCGUUCCACUUAGGAAAAAUGUAAUCAAUUUGGAUAAGUCUUUCUGUAGCCCCUAUAUUUUUUAAUGUGUAAUAAUGUCUACUGUGUCUGGAUUUGCUAUGGAAUAUUAAUUGAGCUAUGUUUGUUUUGACAUGUAACAGUGACCAUUGAUAUUCAUGAAUAGGUUCAUUACACCCACAUUUUUCUGUUAAUGCCAUUGCUUAUGUUGUAUUUAAUUGAGGAGUUUCUCUGAUGUUCCUUUUGCCAUUUUGGUUUGAAACCAGUGGUCUGAAAAUUGAAGAAAACUGAUUUUUUAACAGUUUGUUGGAGUUAUCGGGAGGAAAGAAUUAUAUAAAACCAAGAAAGAAGUGACUGUCGUAUGAAUGUUUUGUUUUUUUUCCUUGGCGCACAUUUUGAAACUGUCAAAUUACAUGAAAAUUACAACACAACAAAAAUAAAUGGGCAUUGCAGUUUUUACCAAAUACUGAAAUAUGUCCAUGUAUGUGUAUAAUAUCAACUUCACCAUUGAAAAUAGCUUUACUGUUGUGGCCACCCUAUUUUACUAUUCAGUAAAUAUGUAUAUUUAUUGAUAUUUCAUAUAUUGUGUAUACUGGUAUUCGUGAUCGAUGAUGGUUAAAAUUGAAAAAAAAAACAUUGUAUAUUUUUGACUUUGGAAAGAGAGGUCUGUUUCAUACAUUGUCCUACCACCGCUUUGGUGUUUGAAUAUCCAUACUCUGUGGCUGGAUUUUGAAUAUGUGACCAUCUUACACCAUAUAUUUUGAAUAUAUACAUUUUUGGUCAUAUUAAAAUGCAGAUGUUUGAAAUUAUCAAAGCACAUUCCUCAAAAGUCUUGUGUUCUUUCAAAUGCUUUCCUGUUGCAAUUACAAUUAAUGUGUACGCUACUAUACACGUGUAUAUAAAUGCAUAUAUAUGUACACAUGUGCAAUACACACUAUUUUAGCAAUCUAUUACUGUGAAUACUAUUGAUGAAGAUCACUGUCCUUUUUAUUUCUCCCUGUUCUGUUGUUUUUAUAAUUGCAGUGUGCAGAGGUGCAGAGGUGCAAUUGCAGCCAGGAUCUUAAAGGGAAUGUCUUGUUAUCGUAUUUUUUUUCUGGGUGUGUGUAUAUUUUAAAACCCUUUUUUAUUCUUCUCAUUGUAAUGUUGUGACUUAAUUCUUUUUUUAAGUGGCCCUGUAGUUUCAUUUGUCUGAAACUCAAUAAAGUGAAUCACUGCUACAAUACAGAGAUAAACAAUA